AUGGGGCGGGCUCUCGGUGCUCUCGGCUGCUCCCUGCUGCUGCUGCUGUUGCCCGCGGUGCCGGGCUCCCCGGCCGGGCGCAUCUCCGGAACCCGGGCAGUGGCAGACAUUGCCUGCAAGAACCGUCCCCUAGACCUUGUCUUCAUCAUAGACAGUUCCCGUAGCGUCCGACCUGAAGAGUUUGAGAAAGUGAAAAUCUUUUUGUCGGAAAUGAUUGAUACUCUGGAUGUUGGUGAAAGAACAACCCAUGUGGCAGUCAUGAAUUAUGCUAGCACUGUCAAAGUAGAGUUUCCCCUCCAGACGUACUUCGAUAAAGCAUCUAUGAAGGAGGCAAUAUCUCACAUUGAGCCCUUGUCUUCUGGCACAAUGACUGGCCUUGCCAUCCAAACUGCCAUGGAUGAAGUCUUCACUGAGGAAAUGGGCACACGGCCAGCAAGCUUCAAUAUUCCCAAGGUUGUCAUUGUUGUGACAGAUGGGAGGCCACAAGACCAGGUUCAAGAUGUGGCAGCAAGUGCCCAGACAGCUGGCAUUGAGAUCUAUGCAGUUGGGGUAGACCGGGCAGACAUGCAGUCUCUGAGAAUCAUGGCCAGUGAACCACUGGAUGAACACAUCUUUUAUGUAGAGACCUAUGGCGUGAUCGAAAAGCUGACAUCCAAAUUCAGAGAGACUUUCUGUGCUGCAAAUAUGUGUGCACUUGGGACCCAUGACUGUGAGCAAGUCUCUGUAAGGAACAGCAAAUCCUACCUUUGUGAUUGCUAUGAAGGCUACACUUUGAACCCAGAUAAGAGAACCUGCUUAGCGGUGGACAUGUGUGAACCUGGAAGGCACAACUGUGACCAGAUCUGUGUGAGUAACAAUGGAUCCUAUGCCUGUGAAUGCUAUGAAGGCUACACCCUGAAUCCAGAUAAGAAGACUUGCUCAGCCAUGGACAUGUGUGCACCUGGGAGGCAUGAUUGUGAACAAGUCUGUCUGAGUAAUGAUGGAUCUUACAGCUGUGACUGCUACGAAGGAUACACUCUGAAUGCAGAUAAGAAGACUUGCUCAGCUGUCGACAUGUGUGCCCCUGGAAGGCAUGACUGUGAGCAGGUCUGUCUGAGGGAUGAUCUUUCCUAUACUUGUGACUGCUACCAGGGCUAUACCCUGAAUCCAGACAAGAAGACUUGCUCAAGAGCCAUAACAAGCAGUCUUGUAACAACUGAAGAAUCCUGUAAAUGUGAAGCCAUAGCUGCCCUGCAGGACUCAGUCACUUCACACCUUGAAGCUCUGUCCACAAAAUUAGAUGAAGUGUUCGAGAAGCUGCAGGCAUAUCAAAGCAGACAGCAGGUUGUCUAAACCAUCAUUCUACUUAAUUUUAAACUAAUCUUUCCCAAUCAAUCUUUUUAUAUUGUGUCCAGCAAGCUUUAUUUUGUUGCACAGCUUGCAAAACAGCAUUUGGCAUUACUGACAAAUGUUGAGAAGACUCAGGAAGACAAGUUUUGAAAAUACAGCAAUCCUGAGGAUCUUCUGUACAUUCACUUUAUAACCAUAAAGCUACCUAUACCUGCUGUGCUUCAGGUUGUACUACAAGUAAUACAGCAGGUAUUGCUUUGCUGCAGUAAGCUCAUUUUAAUUAGCUCAUUUAAUAGGAAAUACAGGGAAAAAGAAAAAAGAAAAAGAAGAAUACAGCAUAUGACAUUAUAUAAAACUGUGAAAUGGCAAGGCAGAAUGAAAAAUGUACCUGUCUUCUGUCCAUUAAUGGAAAACUAAGUUGAGGUCUUGUAAUGUAUUUUAAUAAAAUAAA